AUGGCUGCCGCAAUAGACGAUGUCCUCAUUGAGGUCCAUCCAUCUGAUGGACAGCUGGAAUUAAUAGAAGAAGGAAGGAGGGAGAGAGGAGAAAUAAAGGACAGUGAUGAUGGGGAAGAAACAGGGGCAGGAAGCAAAACAGAGGGGACAGAAGAGACGGAGACUGGAGAAGGCACAGGAGGGGAGACAGAGAGAGAGAAGGGAAAGAAAUUCAAAAAGAAAAAGAGACAACAUAGGGGUAAUGAGAAGCAGGGACGAGGUGGAUGGAGAGGAGCAGGAAGAGGUGGCCAGAAAAGAGGGGGAGGUGGCCAAGAAAGAAGUGGAGGUGGCCAAGAGGGAAGGUGGCCAAGGAAGAGGGGGAGGUGGCCAAAGAAGAGGAGGAGGCCCUGCUACAACAGUAAUUGA